UCUCAUUGGUGGGCGGCGCGCAGGCCCGCCCACCGCCUUCCGGCGCUGUUGUGGGCAGAGAUCCUCUAGUGGAUCUUUGGUUGUGGGAGCGCGGAGAGAGCGGCGGAUCAUGGGCGUCGAGUUGGAGACUAUCACCCCGGGAGACGGGCGGACCUUUCCCAAGACGGGCCAAGUCUGUGUGGUGCACUAUGUGGGUUCACUGAUGGAUGGGACAACGUUUGAUUCCUCCCGGGACCGAAAGAAGCCAUUUCGUUUUAAAAUUGGUAAAAAUAAUGUCAUCAAAGGAUGGGAUGAAGGAUUAGCUCAGAUGAGUGUGGGGCAGACAGCCAAACUGACCUGCACCCCUGACUAUGCAUAUGGAGCUUCUGGCCACCCUGGCACCAUUCCACCUAAUGCAACUUUGACAUUUGAAGUAGAGCUCUUGAAUAUUGAGUGAAAAUAUCUUGAUUUAUAUCCUGCUUUUGGCACAUAAGUAACGAAGAGCUUGAAGAUUGUGCGUUGAAAAUGCAGGAACCAGUUAAAAUCACUACAUUUACCAUUCCCAUCUUUUAGUUUAGUUCAUUAUGUCACGUACCAAGGUACACUGAAAAGCUUUUGUUUGCCUGCUAUCCAUCAAAGAAAACCUUAAAUGCAAUUAAGCCGUCCACAGUGCACAGAUCGAUGAAGAUACAACAUUUAGUGCAAGAUAUAACAUUGAAAUCCGAUUAAAGAUAGUUCAAAUGUCUCUAAUGUGGCUGAUGGUCAGGUCAGGAUUGCACUCUUGAUGAUCUACAAUGUACAGUAUGUCAGCAACAAGCCUGCUUGUCACUUUGUUUAUCUUUUGGGCUGUGGAGUAAAAUCUGAUUAUUUUAAUCUUGAAUUUUUUUUUUUUUUUGUUUUAUCAUGCUCUGCUUGAAGUUCACAUCAUCAGGCAUUAUCAUUAAGGAGCCUAAAAGUAGAAAGGAGAACAAACCAUUGUUGGGUUACCACUUAAUGUUCAAACAUAAGAUAGUAAUUUUGAAUUGAUGCAUUGAAGAGCCACAAACUGUUUGAAAACAAGUGACAAGAUGGCCAUGUAGACUACUGUAUUUUGAAACAUAUCUUUGAAUAGAGAAAAUUCACUGUUGAGGCCUCCAUAUGUUGUCUGAGCUUGCGUUCACCUUAACAUUAAUUAUUGGGGCUUUAUCAUGAAUUAGCUAAAUAAAAGAUUUGUGAAUACA